GGGCUGGGCUCUUGUUCAUGUCUGAAUCACAUUAAUCGCCAUUUAUUACUGGAGAUUCUGAGAUGUGUCACAAUUAGUCAGGCAGAGAGGCAGUAUAAGUUCUCUGGAUAAACACCUUGCUGUACAUUUCUCCUCCUGCAAUAAUCAACGCCAGUGAAACUGUUGUCUGGACUGAACUCCUCAGUUGAAAAUGAAUGCAUUCUUGUUACUGAGUGGUUGCAGCUUUAUUUUUACAUUGUCCUAUGUCUCUGGAACCUACGUUUGGGAUGGUAGAAGAUACAUAGAGUGUGGCUGCAAUCACAGGGCUAGACAAUGUGUGUGGGAUCCUCUACUGCAUGAACAAACCGGAAGUGGUACACGCUGUUUGAACUGCGCUGGUCACACUGAGGGAACACACUGUGAGAAAUGCAAGGAAGGUUUCUACCCGACCUACCAAGGGGGGCACUGUCAGCCCUGCUAUUGCAAUUCAUUGGGUUCCACAUCUCGCAGCUGUGAUGAAUAUGGCCGCUGUCGCUGCAAAGCAACAGGAGUAAUUGGAGACAAGUGUGACAAGUGUCAGCCUGGUUUUUACUCGUUAUCCAGCAGUGGCUGCAAGCGCUGUACUUGCAAUAUGGCUGGUGUUACACGGAUCUGUAACGCUGACACCGGAGACUGCAGUUGUAAAUAUAAUGUCGAAGGAUCCAACUGCAACCGAUGCAAGCAUGGUUUUUACAAUCUUCAACCAGAAAACCCCAUGGGCUGCACAGCAUGUUUCUGCUUCAGACAUUCAUCAGUCUGCAAGGAGGAUGGUGGUUACAGGAAGGACGUCAUCACUUCCACAUUUGAUUCAGAUACUGAAGGGUGGAAAGCUCAGAACCGCCGUGGCCCCGAUCUCCAUACAAUGAGAUCAUCAUCAUCUCGUGACAUUAUUGUUCAGGCCAAAGAUGAAUACGCAGUCUACUUUGUUGCUCCAGCCAAGUUUCUGGGAAAUCAAAUGUUGAGUUAUGGCCAAAACCUCUCCUUCACAUUCUACUUGGAACGGGGUGGUUCUUACCCAUCAGUUGAAGACAUCAUCUUGGAAGGAGCCAGUCAAACACUAAGUAUACAAGUGAAUGUGCAAAAUAACCCAAUGCCAUCCACACGCAAGCAUAAAUACAACUACAGACUCCAUGAGGGUCUGGAGUAUGGAUGGAAGCCAUUUAUAACUUCAUUUGAAUUCCAACGGGUGCUUAGUGAUCUCAAGACCAUCAAAAUCCGUGGCACCUACGCCAUACGGAGCCCUGGACAUAUUGAUAAUGUGGUCUUGCACACGGCCCAGCCUGGCACUGGAAAGCCCGCUCAGUGGGUAGAGAGGUGCACGUGUCCAACUGGCCACGAGGGACGAUUCUGUGAGAAAUGUGCAAGUGGUUACACAAGAGAAAGUCCCCAUCUGGGACGUUUAAGCCGGUGUGUGAGAUGCAACUGUCAAAGCCCCAGUGAGACCUGUGACCCCGAAACUGGUUCCUGUUACAGCAAUGAUCAAUCCAGAAACUGCCCAGAUGGUUACUACUCUGAUCCUUCUGAAUCAAGUGGCUGCAGGACAUGCCCUUGCCCCGGUGGUACACGCUGCACGGUGGAAACGGAUACGAGGGAGGUUGUAUGUGUGGGCUGCCCAAGUAAAACAAUGGGUAAACGAUGUGAAAUGUGUGAAGAAGGGUAUUUUGGGAAUCCUCGAGCCGGCAGACCCUGUCAGCCUUGUAGAUGCAACAAUAAUGUGGAUCCCAAUGCAGUCAAGAAUUGUGAUCAGGGGACAGGAGAAUGUCGUAAUUGCCUCUACAACACCGCAGGACAUAACUGUGAGAGAUGCAGACCUGGCUUUCAUGGAAACGCACUUGCCUCUAAUCCAUCAGAAAAGUGCAAAUCAUGUAAGUGUGACCCAAGAGGUUCUUGGUCCACCCAGUGCAGGAGCGAUGGGACGUGUGAUUGCAAGCCAGGAGUUUUUGGAGAUCAAUGUGACCAGUGUGCAGGAGACACUUAUUACAACAGCACCACGGGCUGUGAAGCGUGCCCCGACUGUUAUCUGGGAGUCAAAAACAAGAUAUUGAAACACAAGAAUGUGGUCAGAGAUUUGGAAAUUCUCAUCUCCAAACUGAAGACAAAUGGGAGGCCUGUGAAUGAUAAGGAGUUUGAGGCAAGACUGAGGAAAGCGUCAGCAGACCUCCACAUAAUGAUGAACACAACUAAAAAGAUUGAGUAUAAAGAUGAAAAUAAUCUCGAUGCACUGAAUAUCCUUAACAAUAAAUUUGGUGCUGAGUCUUAUCAGCUGGACAACAUUGGGAAAUCUGUCGAAGGGAUUAGAAAAUUAACUUUUACAUAUGAAAGUCGUGUCCGAAACACUGACACAUUGCUAACCAAUGUCAGAACAAAGAUCCAGGAAAGCAGGGAUAAAAUGGACCAAAUGCCAUCAUUCCCAACAGAUCCUAAUGGAGGUAGUAUCCCAACAGUUCUAGCUGAUGAAGCUCGUAGACUUGCAGAUAGGCAUCAGAAAGAUGCUGAGGGCAUUGAACAAUCCAGUGGUGCUGCCAACAAGUCUGCUUUUAAGGCCCUUCAAUUAAUUACACAAGCAAUCAAAGACGAUCGGCAAACCACACAAUCUGUCAACCUACUAACUCAGCAGUCGAAACAGAAGGACGACGUAGCAGAGGGUCUAGACGACCAAGCAAACAGAAUAACCGCAAAAGUAGAAAGAGUCAGUGAGAAGGCCAAGAAGAACUACGACGAUUUGAAUAAUGUUAUCACAAUUGAUGUAAUGUCCCUUGAGAAUGAAGCAAAUCAACUGAAGAGCAGAGAAAGUGCCAUGGAAUUUGAGUUGAACAGCAAACUUGAUCUGUAUGAAACUUUGAAGAAUAACAUCAGUGACUUCCAGAUAGACAUCACAAGGAUUUUAGAGAAAGGAGACAGAGACAACAGGACAGCUACCUUGCUACAAGCCAGAGCAAAUGCAGCAAAGUACUUGGCUGAAGAUGCUGUGAAAAAAGGAUCAUACACACUGGACCAAGUUGAUCGGAUCAUAAACAACCUAAGAGACUUCAACGCGCGGGUGGCCAUCAAUAAAACAGCUGCCGAAGAUGCUUUGAGCAGAAUACCAUACAUCAUCAGGACGAUUGACAAUGCGAACUCGAUGACUGAUCAGGCUGCGAAUCAACUGGGAAAUGCGUUGGCAAUUGCCAAAGAUGCCAAAGGAAAAGCCGAACUGGCAGAUACGAUUGCCAAUAAUAUUCAGAAGAAGGCGGUUGACUCGCUAUUUGAUGCAGAAGCUGCAUUAAAUGAUAUCAUGUUACUGGAUCAAAACGUGACUGAUGCAAAUAGACAAUUGACACAGCUGGAGACUGAUUUUGCUAAUAAACAGAGAUCUGUGAAUGAAGAUACUUCCAUGGCAGCGAAGAUUGCAGGCAAUGUAGGUGCGGCAACUGUGAAUGCAGAAAAUGCAAAGGAUUCAGCGACUGAAACAAUGAAAUUGAUCAAUGAUUUGCUGCUAUCUAUGGGUAACCCAGCCACGAUUGACAUUACCAAGUUAGAACAUGUGGAGAAUUCACUUCAGAUCUUCAAAAAUCAAUGGAUUAAUGAACUAGAAUCAAGUUUUCAACAACUGACUGAUGCCGCUGCUGGGCAGCAGCAAACAAUUGCAGCUUUUGACCGCAGCAUCGUUGACAUCCUUGGAGAUAUUAGAAAUCUUGAGCUCAUCAGAGACACUUUACCCACAGGAUGCUUCAACACUGCAGCAGUUGAAAGGCCUUAAUUGCAUGGUAUUCCCUUUCAAAAGUUGCAUUGCUAACAUUAAAUUAUGAAAAUUUAC